AUGAAAUUAUUCUCAUACAAUUCUUGGCUAUAACCUUAAUCUUUAAAAGACGGCAUCCAAUUAGAAAAUUAAGUCAAAUUGUACAAGGAAGUCUAUGAUUUCUCCUAGAAACUUGAAGCACUAUUGUAAAAUGGCAAUCACCCAACAUUCAAUCACUACUAUUAAAAGGCCUUGUCAAUAUUCCAUAGAUUUGCCCAUUCAGUUUCCCUAAGAAAAUUCAAUCGUCAUAUCUACAUGUUAGCAUCACUGUAUCUAUCAGCCAAAGAUAACGAUAUGUUCGAUCAUACAAUUGAAAUAGAUAGAUAUGUUAAAUGCUUUAUCGUAUACUGUAAAGCCAAAGAAGGUGAUAAUUUACAAUCAGUCCUGAUAGAGAAGAUAGUAGAUGCCGAAUCGCACAUACUAUAAAUGAUAGGAUAUGAUCUAAAUAUCAUAGUGCCCCAAGUUUAUUUUGUAGAAGCAAAAUUAAAAAUUACAGUAUAACACGGAGAACUCUCUAAAUUACAUGAGGCGGCAUAAAACUGCUUAAAUGACCUCUUCUUCACCAAUGCUUGUCUCUACUAUGAACCAAAAAUACUAGUUCUAUGCUCCUUGUAAAUUGCCUCUGACAACCUUAAGAUGACUAUAUCAGAUCUCGAUUCUGGAGAUCCUUGGUACACCAUCUUUAGCAGAAAUCCAGAAAAAUAGCAACAGGACUAUGAAGAUAUGUAGGAACUGCUAAAAUAUUAAGAAAAAUGUUUAUAAUUCUUGGAAAUGUGA